AUGAUGAUUAAAUUGGACUCAAUUGCCAAUGAAUUGGGAUUAGUGGUUCCCGAUUUUAAUCAGCAAAUUUACGUGGAUGAAUGCUGUUACAGCACCGACACACCUGAAUCUCCCGAAGGAAUAUUCGUCAACCUCAAGUCCUUUAUUGCAUACGGACGUCAUUCACUCAUAUACGACAAUUUAUUAGCACAAUUUGGCAAAAUGCUCUAUUUAAAUAUCAAAAAGAUACGAGUGCCUAAAUCUAAUACCACUUCCCCCAGUACCCCUAACCUUGACAGCUUGGAAGCCCUAAUACCAUAUCGUGACGAAAUGAGUUACAGAUUGGUAAUUUGGCCACAAAAUUUCUACAUAUCCAUUGAAUCUAUUGAUGAGAAUGAUGAUCCCCUAACUUUUCAGUUAUGCAUGAGCAUCAUUAAUCGCGAAGGAGGGGAAAGAAUCAAUUCUAAAAUAUUUAUGUAUCAAGAUAAAUUGAUUUCUAGAUACUCUGAAACUUUAUACCAAAUAGAUAACCCCCCCCAAUUGCCAUCGAGUGGAUGGAAAUGCAAUCGUUGUGGAAGUAGUGUCAAUUUGUGGUUAAACCUUUCAGAUGGUUACAUUGGUUGUGGGAGGAAAAAUUACGGUAUAGGCGGAGGUUGUAUUGAUGGCAGUGAAGGGGCAGCAAUUACACACUAUGAAGAAACAGGGCAAAUUUACCCAUUGGCUGUAAAAUUAUCUACAAUAACUCCCACUUUUGCAGAAGUUUACAGUUAUGCUAAAGAUGAGGAUUCGUUUGUUAUAGACACAAAACUUUCACAGCAUUUAGGACACUUUGGAAUAAAAGUAAAUGACAUGAAGAAGUGUGAACUCACUACUUCAGAGUUUGAGUUGGAGUAUAACAAAAAUUAUGAUUGGUCCGGUAUGAGUAAUGGGGAUGUUUCGCUUAAGGGCAUUGGGUUUGUCGGGUUUCUAAACCUGGGCAAUACGUGCUAUUUGAAUUCUGCAUUACAAUUAUUACUUGACAUUGAAGAUAUUAGAAGCUACUUUACCGAGAAUUACCGCAACAUAGCUAAUACUAGUAAUUCAUACAGUGCCCACCCAUCAAGAGAUUUGCUAUUGCAAUUUGCCAAAAUAGUUUACUCAUAUAACACGGAUUUUCACAUUGGUAAACAACGGAUUCUUUUGGAUGAGUUCCUUAAAAAAUGUGCGGAAAACAACAUAUCAUGCGCAACACCUGCUGACUAUUGCAAUAACUAUGUAACUCCUCGUAUGUUUAAAAAUCUACUUGUUUAUUUGAAUCCUGACUAUGGGUACCCUACACAACAAGACACUCAAGAAUGUCUAUCGUUUUUGCUGAAUAAAUUUGAAAGUGUGGAAGAUCAAUUGGGUGGAAGGUGUGGAACCCCCUUUUCAGUGUCCGAUUUGUUCAAAUUCAAGAUCCGACAGACGCUAAUUUGUGGAGAUGAACUGAAUUUCCAAGAUAAUGAAGCACAGAUGCUUUCUGUGUCAGUAUCACAACGCCUAAUUACAGAUAUUAAAAAAUGCAGUGAUGAUUGUGACGAUAAGACGAUAGAUUUGAGCGAAUGUUUGAGUGAGUGGUUAGUUUCGGAGACUGUGGACUAUUUUUCCGAAAAGACAAAUACUAACUCAAAAGCUUCUAUAAAUUUGCGCAUAAUCGAAUGCCCCAAGUACUUGUUGAUUCAUGUAAAGAGGUUUUAUCUCUCCGAAGAUUGGGUUCCCAAGAAAAUCAAAUUGGGCAUUGAGAUUCCCGAUACACUUGACUUGACACCGCUGCUAUUUGAUGAACAGGAAGUUAAGCAGGUGCUCAGUACUAGCAAUUUGGAUAUUAUACAGUCAUUGGAGGAUAUGGGAUUUGCACUUAAUGAUAUUAUGAGGGCAAUUGGUCAUUGCAGUACGCUUACGAUUGAAAACUUGAUACAAUAUAUAACAGACAAUCCUGCAUCUUGUAAUUAUACCUUUAAGCCUUCACCUGCGGAUGUGGAGUUGUUGACAAGUAUUGGAAUUCCAGAACAGCAUAUUUUGCCACUGCUCAAAAAAUUUGAAAACAAUUGCGACGCCGCAGUUGAAUGGUACUAUUCACAAAAAGAACCAGGGACACAACUUCAAAGUGCUAAGAAAAGAAAACUCAAUUUGGGAGGGUAUGAAUACAAGUUGCUUGGAUUCAUUACGCACGUGGGUAACAGUAUCGACUGUGGGCACUAUGUAUACCACUCCAAAAGGGACAUUGGUUGGGUCCAAUUUAACGACGAUAAGGUGGGAAAAUGUUCCACGUUGCCAGAUAUCAAAUCAGGAUAUUGCUACCUAUACAUCAACACCAACAGUCUCAAUAAUUAG